AUGUCCAGGAACGCCGGGGAGAAGACCCCCAUUCUGUUGCUGAAGACGAAAUCAUCGCCUACGGAUACGUACGAAGAGUUCUUCUCUACGUUUGACGAGGGUCGGUAUGAGCCCGUCUUCGUACCAGUGCUAGAACAUAGGUUCAAGCAGGAUGCUCUCGACCAGGUCCGCCGGCAUAUUACGAAUGGGGAGUUCGUCAGUAUGGACAGGGGAGUUCCGCCAGAGUAUGGUGCCAUAAUCUUCACCUCCCAGCGCGCCGUGGAAGCAUUCACCCAGGUCAUCGAAGGUCUCAGGACGGAGGGCUCUCUUUCCCUGGGCGCUUUGCUACCGGAAAGUAUUCCGUUAUAUGUCGUCGGGCCUGCUACCGCGCGCGGACUGAGGGCUUUAAGUCUCCCUUGCCCAAUUCUUGGCGAGCAAACGGGUAACGGGGACGCCCUUUCGAGGUUCAUCCUGGAGCAUUACAAUGGCAUAUACGAAGGCUCGGAGAAUCCAUCCAUUUUAUUUCUCGUAGGCGAAAAGAGACGGGACAUCAUUCCAAAGGCACUGCAGUCAGAAGAGCUUCUACCCGAGCGCAGGUCGACAGUGGACGAAUUGGUGAUAUACGAGACCGGGGAGAUGCAAACAUUCAAGUCCGACUUUUCAUCGAUAUGGCACAAGAAUGCAGAAGGCGGGAGGGGCGGGCAAUGGGUCGUUGUGUUCUCUCCAACCGGAUGUCGGGCUAUGUUGGAGAGUUUGGAUCUCCUGGAUAGCGAAACCGGCAAGGUCAAAUCAGGCAACCCCCCAAGAGACAUUCUCAUCGCGACCAUUGGACCGACCACUCGCGACUAUCUGGUCAAUGAGUUUGGCUUUACGCCUGAUGUUUGUGCCCCAAUGCCCAGCCCGGAAGGUAUUGGAGAGGGUAUCAAAUCCAAAAUAUAUUCGUCGCGCCGUGGACGAGUCGCUGGUGAUGUGUGCGGCUCGCAGAGGAAGCAUGUUUCCAGAGGACGCUUCCUAGAGGAAACCCCACAGUCCUGGACCCGGGAUCGCAAAGCCGCGAAGAAACAGACGACCAUUGAGGAGACCAUUGGUGAGGACACGGUGAAGGAUGCCCCUGAGGAUACCGAGAUGAAGGAAGCCUCAGAAGACGAGAAAGAGGAAUCUGGUCAGAAUCAAGAAGAAACCACUGCGGAAACUAAGGACGACACCGAAAAGACCAGCAAAGCUGAGGCAAACGGCGGAGAGACCGUACAAGAGUCUCCAGAGCGCGGGGAGAAGCUGCCAUCAAAUAUACUCGAAAAGGGCAUCAUCUACUUCUUCACUCGCAACCGGGUGGGAAUCGAGGAAGCUGAGAGUGUGGGCGAUCUCCAGCGUACCUAUUUCGUUCUUCGGCCUUUGCCAACCAGCGCUAAGCUCGGCGACGGCGCUCUCCCGGACCUUGAAAACAACCGCUUGUUCGCUUUGCCCAAGAAAGUAUUCCCAAAGAGCCACCGUGAUCGCUUCAUGGCUUUUGUUGAAAAGGCGAACACGGCCAUCCAGGACCUCAAGGACAACUUCUUCAAAGGCGAAGAGCACGAGACAAAGACAGCUGGUACGCGUCGCACAGAGCCAGUCACGACCGUUGCAGAAGGCGUGUAUGCCAUCACUCGCACGGAGGAUCGCACUACCCACCUGAGUUACGCAGUCACGAUUCCAUCUGAGCUGGGUGAGGUCCAGGCUGACCUCGGACUGCGAUCCCAGGGCAGCUUCAUCAUGAGCGUCAAGAAUCCCGAGCGCCCUGGACCAGCUAGUGCUCGACUCCCAAAGGGUCCGGAAUUUCCGCAAGAAAUCAUUGAAGAGUUUCGCGGCUUGGCAUGGACUGAGGUGAAGCCCAAGUAUCUCGAUUACAACAACGUCCAGAUCCUUCUCAUCGGGGAGAACACGGAACAUGCUGUUGAGCCUACGACGAAGGACAAGAAGCACGGCAAGGAGGCUCCGAAAGAGGAGCUGGAGGAGCUUGAGCACGAAGAUGAGCUUAGAAUCAAGCAUCUGCAUGGCGAUGAUUCCAUUUUCGAUGAUCUCCAGAUCAGCAAGAAAGAUUACCCCAAGGUUCCCAGUACCUGGUGAAGAGGCGCAGGAUCUGGCCCGGCGAGGCGAUUACCAUUUUCUUUGGCGUUUAAUCUACGGACGCGUGGCGUUAGGUAUGGGCGGCAGGCACUUUGUGCGCCCCCGAAAUGUGUCUGCACAUAUGGCAUCACGGGUCUUACUAAGCUGAGGUAAAUCAAAAGCGGACGUAUGUUUUUGAGAGCUUCCGUGGGCCGUGUUAUGGUCACAGGCACCAAUUCAGAUGAAGCAUUCUC